GAAAUAUUUUCUUUCAGAAAGGAACAGCAAACAGCGGCACGCAGCUGAGUUGAUGCACUUGUGAGGAAAGAAUGGAUAACAGCAAGCCAAGUUUCCACACAUUCUGAUUUUUAUUACAUAACUUUUAGAAUAGACACGGGAUAUUUCUUCGAUAAUUUGCGUGUAUAGACACGAGCGAUCCAAGUUUGAUACGAGCUCAGUUUAUUAAUCGCCUGGAAUUGAUCAUCCUGGCAAUCACAUUGGGAAAGACACGUGUUGGAGUGAAACCACGUUUUCUGGAGUCAUCUGCAUCCUGAUGUGUCUAUGAUGAGAAACUGCACUCAUUAGUUUUUAUUAGCGCGGCUGCUUCAUUGCCAGGACAUUUUUUUAUUUAAAAUAAAAUAAUUUUGCGUAGUUAUGACGGACUUUGCAGCAAAGCCCUUGGUGCCGGUAUCGAGAAGUGACUGCUCAGGCAAACUAGACGGCGAGGAGGGAUCUGAAGAAAAUCAAGAGAGUCAGACUCUGUUAAUGGUGGCAAUGAUCCUGCUGGACCUAAAUCAGUGUAUCCCGAGCGCUCGUGGCAGUAGCAUCAGCACCAAAUGUAUGGCGGAGAUCGAUGCGAAGAAUAAAGUCACCGGCCUGAGGGACUAUCGCGUGAAACGCAUCAGUGAGUUUACAGAGCGCUGCAGAAUAACCGCGAGCAGGGUGAAAAGGACACGGAACAGACAGACCGACAGACUGCAUGUGGCAGUUGAUAAAAGACACUGUUGUUCGUAUGCUGGCUGUGGUAAAAUAUACGGCAAAUCGUCCCAUCUUAAGGCGCACUUCCGAAUACACACCGGUGAGCGACCGUUUCAGUGCAACUGGCCAGGCUGUGCGAAGAAAUUCUCUCGCUCGGACGAACUGGCGCGACACUUCCGAACGCACACAGGGGAGAAGCGUUUCAUGUGCCCGCUCUGCGACAAAUGCUUCAUGCGAAGCGAUCACCUCACCAAGCACGCCCGCAGGCACGUUGGCUUCCACCCCAGUAUGCUGCAGGAUCCCACCGGACGAAGACGGCGCUCUUCUGCGUCCACAUCUUCCUUUGGAUCCGGUGAUCAGACUACGUCUGCUGGAGUUUGAGCUAACAAAUUAAACAUUAUAUCAUCAAUGGGACGGAUAGAAAUAAUAAUCAACUCUAAAUGGACAUUUAUUGCAAGAGACAGCCUACUUUUCAUAAAUAGUCAUAUUUAAAAUUGUGCAGGCCUGCGACAUAGAUAAGGGAUUGAUUUAAACAGAGAGGAGUGGGGAUUUAUUACUCUUUCACGGAGUCAGAGGAACACGAACGUGUUCUGUGUAAAGAUAUAUGCCUAUUGUGAUUGGUGAAACAGAUAUGCAUAUUAAAGAUCAUUGAAGUGUUAGAUUUUGCAGUGGUCCAGUAUGGGAGCGGUUCAAAAUACUUGCUAUAAAUGGUUAUCUGCGCUUUAGGGUACUGUUGGGUACUUGAGAUAUUAACGUCGUGAGAUUUUACUCUCGCAAACAUUCUUUCGAGUAUUUUAACCAAUGGUAUUGGAUUAUUGAUGUUAAAAUGAUAGUUCACUAAAAAAUGAAAUUAUCUCAUCAAUUACUCACCCUCAUGCCAUCCCAGAUGUGUUUGACUUCCUUGUGCUAAACACAAACCAAGAUAUUUAGAAGAAUAUUUCAGCUAUGUAGGUCCUUACAAUGCAAAUGCUCCAAAAUGCAAAUAAAGACUCAAAUAAAUAAAUCUCUUCAGAGGUGGUAUGGUAGGUGUGGAAUGGUAGGUGUGGAUGAGAAACAGAUCAAUAUAGAAGUCAUUUUUAUUAUUAUAAAAAAGAAAAAGCCAUAUUAUCCUCCCUGCCCAGCUGGUGGCGAUUUGCACAAAGAAUGCGAAUUGCCAAAAACAAAAAAGAAUGUAAAAGUGGAUAUUUGAAGUAAAAAAGGAAUUAAAUAUUGGUAUGUUUUUCACCAACACUUAUUAUAUAGCUUCUGAAGAUGUGGAUUCCACUGGAGUCAUAUGGUUUACUUUUAUCCUACCUUUAUAUGCUUUUGUAGUUUCAAAAUGUUGGUACCUAUUUCACUUGCAUUGUGAGGACUCACACAGCUGAGUUAUUCCUCAUAAAAUCUUUGUUUUUGUUCAGCAGAAGAAAGAAAGUAAUACACAACUGGGAUGGCAUUAGGGUGAGUAAAUGAUGAUAGAAUUUUCAUUUUUGCGUGAACUGUCCCUUUAAAUAUCAGUUACGCUUGUAUCAGUUCAACAGAAGAACUUAUUCUUCAGUGUAUAAGAUAAUUGAAUAUACAGUUUAUUCAGAACACCAUUAUUAGUUCUUUUGAAACUUUUUGUACCAUUAUUUUUUUUAAAAGUUUUUUAUUUUUAUUUUUUAAUCACCUUCAUAAUGGGUGAUGCAGUGAUACUAAUAGAGCUUCAAUUUUACAGUUGACCACCGCCAUCUACAGGUAUGUUAUGGGAAAACAUGCAGUAACGUCUGUGCUGCCUUUGAUCUCUGUAGACAGAUGUGUGUAAGAUUUAAUAUUGCACAACUGGAGAAAGAACAUUGUAUAUUUUACCCACUAACUUUUGUUUUAUUAGUGUGCCUAUAGUAUUUAAAUUAAAUCAGUGAACUAAGUGAUUAACAUAAUGUUGGUUUAUUAGUUUUAAUACCAUAUUGCUCUCAGAAUACAUAUUAUCUAGUUCCACUUGACUUCAACUGUUUACUUGAAGUAUUACUGUCAUUUGAAUCUAGAUUCAAAUUGAUUCUUCCGUGAUUAUCAGUCAUUUUGCUUUUACAGUCACGAAAAGGCAUAAAUCAGCUGGGCCUUGAACUUCAAUUGAUCUUAUUGACUCUUUUUAUAUUUUAUGUAAUGGGAACUGAUCAACAAGUAGUUGUUUUUUAUUUUCACAAAGUAUCUGUAAUGAUUUUCUCCUGAAUGUCCCAUGCUUUAAUAGUUUGGUCCUCACUCUGCAGUUUCAAAGUGAGCUUAAAUUCAGGUCAUUUCAAAAACACUGUCAUUGUACAAAUGCUGGACUCAACAUGUGCCUUGUGAUUUGAAGUUCCAUCAACUUAAAUUAUAAAGUGUAAUUAGUAAAAUACUGAGGAAUAAUUUAAUUUACAAAAGUCUAUUCAGUUGCACAGUUUGAAUGGCAAGAUUGUGAUGGAUCAAAUGUAUUCUUUGUAUAUAUGUAUCUUGAAAACUUUGAGCCAUAUUCUGUACUUUACAUCAAUAUAAUUUUAGUGCAACAUUCAUAUAUUUUGAAUUUCAUUGCCUGUACAUUGUCAAUACAGGGUGACUAAUUAAAACUAAGCAUUAAAUACAUUUGCUUGUAUUACUUCUAUUUAAAUAUACAUAAUAGUACAAUUAUCUUUAAAAAGAAAAGAAAAUGGCUCAUAAUCAUGCUGCAUGGGCUUUUUUUCUGUCUUGAAAUAAGUAAGGUGUAAUUCAGGUCAGCUUUUAUUGAUAUCGCUAAAACCAAUAACAACAUUGUUAAUACAUACAUAGACCUUCCCACAUAAUUUGUAACAUUUAUGAAAUAAAAA